GCGUUUUUGCGCACAUGAGCGUUGCAUGCGGAGCCGCUGUGCGUCGUAGCCCGCGACUCUGUCUGCAGCACAGCAGCUAAAACAUGGAGCCCGCUUCCUCCCGAGCGCUCUGUUGGCGGCGCGAGUCGUUCAUUUAACUGUAGUAAUGUUCAUAAACACGUCGAACACGCGUAUCAGAUGAACACGUUGAGAAAUUUGCAGUGACAUCAUUGUUCUUUUGAUCCACAUGUCUUCAGUAUUAGUGUGAUGGUGGUGCCUUUUGUGCAACGUUAUCUUAAUGUCACGAUAAAGCUUUAAAGCUACAUAUACGCCUUAGAGUAACAAUCAUCACAAUAAUUAAGUGUUAUUUUCUAAUAAUUCAUUAAUGUGAUUCAUUCUUUGAAUAGAAUCUAAAAGAAUAGUGAAGCAUGCUGAUUAUAAGUUGCCAGAAACCAGCAUGAGACGUUUCAAUCUGUUUUGUUCAACCAGCAGAAAUAUGAGCAACAAAACAACACACCGCUGGACAUUUCUGGGAAACGGGACCGUUUUAAAUGACUGAUUGAUUAUCCGAGCCGCUGUUGCCUAUGACAACAAGGCGGCCAAUCGAUCCAUUGAUCUGUCAGCCCAGCACUAAGCCACACAGAGGGGAGUUUCCUCACACACACGCCACCAUGACGCGCUGUUUACUGCGAGCCGGCUGCGGGCCUCUGCUCUGCCUGUGGACCCUGCUGCUGCCCGCGGCCCACCUCCAACACCCAAACCGGGACGGACGCGCGACCCGCGGCGCGGGGGAGCGGUCCAAGCUGCUGCUCGUCUCCUUCGACGGCUUCCGCUGGGACUACCUGGACCGGGUGCCCACGCCCAACUUCCACGUCCUCAUCGACGAGGGGGUGAUGGUGGAGCAGGUGGAGAACGCGUACAUCACCAAGACCCUGCCCAACCACUACAGCAUGGUGACGGGGCUCUACGCCGAGAGCCACGGCGUCGUGGCCAACGAGAUGUACGACCCCGUUCUCAACAGGUCCUUCUCCAUGGAUACGGACAGCGUCCAUGACCCGUGGUGGUGGGAGGAGGCGGUGCCUCUGUGGGUGAGCAUCCAGAAGGCCGGAGGACGCAGCGGCGCCGCCAUGUGGCCGGGGUCCGACGUAAAGAUCCACGGCACGUACCCCAACAAGUACCUUGCGUACAACGCCUCGGUCCCGUUCGAGGCGCGGGUGGAGCGCAUCGUCGAGUGGUUCUCCGCGCCCGAGGGCGAGGCGGUGGAUUUCGGGGUUCUGUACUGGGAAGAACCCGAUGAGAGCGGGCACCGCUACGGACCCCAGAGUUCCUCCAUGGAUGAAGUCAUCGUCGGGAUCGAUGAGAAGCUCGGCUUCCUCAUUAACGAGCUGAGGAAGGCCGGGCUCUACGAAAAGGUGAACCUGAUAGUGACCAGCGACCACGGGAUGACGCAGCUUUUCAGCGAGAACAUCAUCGAGCUGGACGAGUACGUGAACAGAGACCUGUACACAUGGGUGGAUCGCAGCCCUGUGGUGGGAAUACUGCCCGUAGAAGGAAAGCUCGACGAGGUGUACGGUAAGCUGGUGGACGCCAACCCAAACAUGGUGGUGUACAAGAAGGAGGAAAUCCCCCUGCACUUCCAUUAUCGGCACAACGGCAGGAUCAUGCCCAUCGUCGUCGAGGCCAAGGAGGGCUGGACCAUCAUGCAGAACCGGAGCACGCGCCUCAUGUUGGGAAACCACGGCUACAACAACAGCUUACGCAGCAUGCAGCCCGUGUUCAUAGCGCGCGGGCCGUCAUUCCGCCAGAACUACGUCAAGACCUUCAUGCGCUCCAUCGACCUUUAUCCUCUCAUGUGCUACAUCCUGUCCAUCGCCCCCCAACCGAACAACGGCACCCUCUCGAACGUCCAGGACCUCCUGUGUCCGGAGCCGACCCCGCUCGCGCCCACCGCCGCUCCCAGGGUCCGGGGACACUCCUACGCCCCCGUGGUGGGCUCUUUCCUGGGCGUGGUGAUGGUGCUGGGCUUCCUGGUGGUCUACAUCAGACAAGUGACGCUCAGACAGCUGCCUUCCCUAAAGCACAGACGCCGGGAGAUGUCUCAGCCUUUACUCCAAGAGGACUUGCACCUGUAGCCGAAGACACAAGAAGAAGAGGAGGUAUUGCUCCCCAACGUAGUCUGCUCUGCCCUGAAGCAUCCCUGAAUGUCUCCCUCACCCUUAUUGCCACUGUGCUGAAUCACGUAUAGAGGAACAUGUUACUCGCUCCUGUGUGGGGGAAAUAGCUAAGGUUUGCUUCUGGUGCAGGCUGAAUGAAAAUAGAGAACCUUUUCAUGAGCUUUAUAGUGGCUUUGCUUUAGUUGUGAACUUUACCCAAUAACAUCUUGUCAUUUACAUCGUCACUUAAGUAUUUCAUAGCUCAGACGAGCUUUAACACAUCGUUGGUGGCUGAAGUCGUGGCCCCUUUCACACAUGUUGGCACACGGACCCCGGGGGAUCUGUAGGGUUGGACUCUGGUGUGUUACACAUGACACUGGGCAUUAUUUGAGGCAAAGGCGUUUUAAAUAGAAGGAAGCCUUGUCAGCAUUAAGGCUGAACGUGCUGCGUGAAAGGGGCUCAUGACUUAAUAGCAUGAAGGUGAUCACUGAUACUGAUUGUAUGUAGAGCUGCAUAGGAGGGUCAAUUCUCCCACGCAGGACAGAUGUGGAGGGACGGACGUUCUUCUAAAGCACAGCUGCACUGUGACCGGCAGCAGAUCUGCUUAAGGGUCUUGGCCUAAUUAUUCAACCAGACUGAGCCACUGCUCACCCAGAAUGUGUAGGUCAUUCCACGAGGCGACCACAUCACAGCAGUCAGUUACCAUUUGCCUUUUAACUUAUCGGAGACCGACGCUCUUAAAUGUGUAACUGCGUGUACGUUCGUCCGUUUUUGUGUUUUUCCGUCGGGAGGAGGCUUUUCAGAGGAUGUGUACGUCGUCCGUCAUAGCCAUUUGUCAGUGAAACGUGAAGUGCAAUUGCUAUCGGUCAGUAUAUCAUCAUAGGAAACGUAAGGAUUUUGCUGUUGCUUGGUUGAAGCAUGACUUGCAAGAACUGUCCCCCUGAUUUGCACUACUGAACGGAACCAGAGCGACGGGGCAGUAGUCGGCUGCGCAUUAGCUCAUGUAUUAUUUGCACUUCCUGUCUGUAGUUGUUGUUUGAAAUGAUAAGAGUUACAUGUAGGUGCCUCUUGAAAAAGAAAAACGCUUUUAGCAUAACCAGGAAAUCAAGUAGGAUUCAAAUCUGAGUAUUUUCUUCAUCAUCUUUUAAGAAAGAUAUGCUUCUCGUCUUUUAACACCUGUGCCCAAAAAUGACAAACACCACUGUGAUAUCUACUUUGUACUAAAUUUAAAUCAAUAUAAAACCAUUUCUAUGGAAAUGAUUAAUUUUUCUGAUAACUUAUUUUAUGAAAAACAAAUGUUCUGAUAAUUUUUCCCCUAACUUGUUAACAGAGAAAUAAAAUAUGUCCAUAUGCUUGAAAAAUACCCUUGAAAUAGUUCAGUAGGGUAAAUACUACUUAGAGGUGUAUCUUAGUUCAUUAUUACACUGGUUUUGCAAUAUGGAUAUUUAAAUGAGUUACAAAGUCUUUGCCAUGUUGAUGGUAUUCAGAGACUCGUGAAAAUAAAGGGUCUUCUCUGAAACUAAA